UCUAAUCCUGUGCAGUUUAUUUUAUAAAGGCUGAUGAUGAUUAUACAGUUACUGUCACCUGGGAGGAUGGUCACAACAGUUCCUUCAAGGCAGACUGGUUACUGUACAGGAGUUUCAGUUCAGAGCAGCAGCACCGGCGUCUACGCCUGUACCGCCCUGAGUGGAAACACUGGGGUGCAAAUGAAAUGCAAGGAAAGAUACCACAGUUUGCCUUUGGUGAAGUGAUGUCUGAAGAUCGCAGUCUGCAUGACUUCCUGCAUACCCUGGAUGUGAUGGGAUUAGUAAUGCUGAAGAAUACCCCUACUAUGACAGGCCAGCUGGAGAAACUUGGCAAAAGGAUUGCGUACUUAAGGCCUACCAACUACGAGUUGGUAUUUACGGUACAGAACAAGGUUGCUCCUAAUAACUUGGCAUUCACUGCCAAACGUCUUGGACUUCACAAUGACCUGCCAUUUUAUCAUCACACACCAGAGAUUCAACUGCUGCACUGCAUCAAGCAAGCUGAUGGGAUGGGUGGAAGCAAUGAAUUUGUAGAUGGACCUUACGUUGCCAAGCAAUUGAGGGACCUUAAUCCAGAGGCCUACAAAACGCUUACAACGACCUUAGUGGACUUUUACGAUGUUGGAGAAGAGGCUUACAAGUUCAACUUUGCUUAUAGAUGGCCAGUGAUAGCUCUUGGCAGAGAUGGAGAACCUGAGAGCAUUUUCUACAAUGAUCAAGUGCGUGCCUACCAACUCAACAUCCCUGCGGAAGAAGUGUAUGGUUUUUAUAAAGCACUGAAAGAGUUUCACAAACUUAUGUACGACCCAAAGAACAUUGUUGAAGUAAAAAUGGAGGAAGGUGACAUUGUCUGCUUUGCCAAUAAGCGGGUUUUACACGGCAGAACUGGCUAUGAGAAUGUUAAAGGAGAACGCCAUCUAGAAGGAGCAUAUUUCGAUUGGGAUGAAGUCCGCUCUCGUGUCCGGGUCCUCAAAAGAGACCUUAAUAUUGAACCCUGAGGGCAUCCAAUCAACAGCCCAGAAGAUCUUUUAAAAUAUAAAGCAGCACAAUAAAGAACAUUUGAAAAUUAAACAUUAGCUUUGCAGCUAUUAGCCAACAGAAAAUGAAAAGAUAUAACUUCUAGUACUAAUUAAAUUUAAUGUGCCACUAGUAACUAUAUUAUGUAAAUGAUUUGAACUACAUUUUUAUAAUAAUUACAAAUCUAAUUACAGCGAAACCAACUUUUUAGCCGAUAUAAGAUGGAGGUUUUGACUGUUAGUAAUUGUGUUAAACCAUCUGGUUAUUGGAUUUUAGUUUCUUUUGAGGGAACAGUUUUUGUUUUAAUUUUCAGAAAAGAUCAGAUGUAAGGUUCUAGCAGUUAAAUAAGUUAAAGACAAUAAUUCUGUUUUAUUACCCUUCGAUAUUUUAUUGAAUUUUUUAACCUACACACCAGAUACAACAUAUUAUUGGCUGGCAUUCGGCUUCAGUAAAGAACCUUUUUGUUUUUGUAAAUUGAAUGUUUUUAAAAAUAGUUUUUAAAUUUUAUUUCAAAAUUUACAAGAUCCAAUACAUCUAACAUAAAAUUAGAAAGAUUGACUUGCAGGCAGACAUUGGUGUAAAACUGAAUGAAGAUUUCAGGCAAUUUGUUUGGAAUAUAUAUAGUUUUAGAAUAUAUUUUUGUAAAUGUUAAUUGCCCAAAUUAUCAAGUAUUUUUGUAGGUCAGGUUUGCAUUUCUUGCAGCAAUACAGUAUAAAGAAAUUCAGGUGUUUGUUUAUUUAUUUUUAUGUGAGUUAUACAUU